AUGUCCUUCCCAUCCGUGUGUUUGAAAGUCCCCCUUCUUUCCUUCCUCCCCUUCUUUCUCUCCCGCUUCCCCCCCACCCAACCUUCUUCCGGUCCUCUUCCCCGCCUUCUCUCCCCCCCCACCCUCCUCUCUCCCCGACCUCCUCACUCCCCCGCCUCCUCUCUCCCCCGCCGCCUCUCCCCCGCCUCCUUUCUCUCGCCUUCUCUCCCCCGCCUCCUCUCUCCCGCCACCUCCGCCACCUCUCUCUCGCCUUCUCUUCCCCGCCUCCUCGCGCCCGCCUCUCCCCCGCCUUCUCUCUCCACAGACGUACUCAACUACCGCGGGAUCGUCUGGCGCCUCCUGGACCAAUGGCCGUCCUCGGCGCGUCCACGUCAGCAAUCGCCUGACCUAACGGCGAUAUCGUCAUCUUCCGCGUCUCUGUUCGCUUCGGGGAAUGAGACGUGGGGGGAGACUUCCGAGACGUCUCAAGGUUCCGCGAAUGCGACGUGGGAUUCCUAUGAACCAUCUCAAGAUGCGGCUCGUACAACAUGGGCGACGCGGGACGGUUCGGAAAUGACGAUGGGGGAGUCAACCGGCGGCGAACACGCUACGACGUCGGAUGCGGAGGGAGCGGCAUCGGGCCGCGCCGAAGCCGCUGCUGUUGGGAUGAGCCAUGGGUGGAGGAAAUGGAGGGGACACGUGGUGCGCGAGGAGAGGCCGUUGGGGCAGCGCAGGCAGAUGGCUGAUUCGUGGCUGGAUGGUCCCUGCUCCGACUACGUAAAAGCGCCCGUCAUCAGUAUAUCUUCUCUCGCGGAUUUCAACAAGCGACUGGACUACGGUCCCGUUACAACGGUCAUCCUCGAACUACAGAGAAACCUCGUUAUAAGCAAGGGAAUCCUCUUCGACAGCAAGUUCUCCUGCACGAUUCUGCGAUCCGCGAAGACCGCCGCGAACCCGUUUCAAAUCACACACAUGGGAGCUAAUGAACCGGUGCUGCGUAUAUGGAACACAAGCAACGUGCUUGUAUUGAAGGUCGAUUUUAGGCUCAGCGUUCGCUCCUCCUCCCCAACCUGCACGACUGUUCCCGAAAUUACGGCCAAGGCGCAGUGCCCGACGAUUUCCGUUAUCCGUUCGUACGGAAUUCAAAUCGCGAAGGGGAGUGUUUUCGGGAGAAUCGAUCUACACCGCUCGGCGUCGUCUCGAGUGGACUCCAUGCGUGUAACGGGGAUUCCGACAUUCAACCAGUCGCCUGGCGUGAUUCAAGUGACGUACAGUGGCCACGGGCCUACACUCGCGAAAUCCUUCAUUGCUAUAACAAACAAUGAAGUGUAUGGCGUGAACACACCCAUUGUCGUCCACAGGGGAUCCGUCGGCGUCAUCGUGAGAAACAACUACGUGCACGACUUCAUAUUCGCGGGUAUCCGCUGCGGAUCUGACGUGCAUUUCGCGGGCGACUGCAUGCUCACGCAGAUCGACCGCAACCUGGUGGUUGCAUCGGGAAGAAACAGAUCAGGAGACCAGGAUGCAGCGGGGAUUUACUACUGCGUCCACUGGUUCAGCCCUGGUGAGUCGUGA